UCGAGCUCAAAUUAUUUCAAGAGAUCACUGUUAUAAAGGUUAAGUAAGAGAAACGCAAUUCUGCUGAAAAGGUAACUUUCACCUCAGCGACUUCGACCACAGUCGAGAACAAAUCUUCAUAAUGAAAUUUGUUUGCCUUGUUGUGCUGCUUCUGGCCUGUGUGUACGGUCACCCGUGGUAUGCUAAUCUAAUCCCUAACGGAGAUAAUCUACCCAAUCCUUGCAAACCUGGGGAAAGAUGGCACGGAGUAGGUCACACUAACCCUUCGGGAGGACUUGCACGCAACAAGUUUGGAUUGGAUUUAAAGGCAGCAAACUUCACUUGGACAAAAGAGCUGUGUGAAAAAGACUCAGAUGGAGAUGGCAGUUCCAAUGGUGAAGAGUUAGGUGAUCCUAACUGCACAUGGAAGCAAGGGGAGAAACCUUACAGGACAACAGACAUUACUCAUCCAGGUAUUAAUCCCAAAGAUCCCACCUUUGAUUGCGACAAGUUGGAGCCGUAAAAAAGGUUCCCAAGCUCACGACGUGGCCGAGGCUUCCAGAGCCUAAGUGGUACAAAAGAACGCACACGUGCUGUUUCAAAUAAAUUCAUUGUUGAAAGUGA